CUAAGGCUGAGUUUUGUGGCGCCCGAGAGCCAUCUUGGUCCAGUGGUUGGGGUGGAGCGUCGUCUACCUCACGUAAUCUCGCCCCUGCCAAUCACACGCACCCCAGCCGGUCCCGCGACGUGGACGCGAGCCCUCUGCCCUGCCUGGUGACGUCUAUCGUCAGCCAAGCUCUGCAUACUCGACCUUCUCGGUGAGCGCAAUCUCACCAAAACAGCUUUCAGCCACAUCACGCGCCCGCCCACCAACAUGCCACCGCCCCUCCCCCCUCCGACUUUCCUGUACAAGAUUCUCCCCAGUGCCCCACCCUCACCGCUCCCCACCCGCCUGCCCCUCUCAGACCUCGACCGCAAUGACGGCUACAUCCAUCUGUCUACCUCCGAACAAGUCCCCGGCACCGCCGACAAGUUCUUUGCCACUGUCGGCGAGCUGUGGCUGCUGAAGAUCAAGUACGACGUGCUGGCCGCGGGCACAGACGGCGACGGCCACGUACAUCCGGACAACAAGGCGGAGCUCAAGUGGGAGGAGGUAGGCCGUGGCUGUUUCGCGCAUCUGUACGGCGCAGACCUUGGCUCGGGCAACGUAGAGAGUGCCUUGAGGGUGGAGAAGAAGGGCAGUUGGGCCGAUAGUUUGAGCCUGGAGUGGUGAGGGCGGGCGGUAGCCAUUUCAACCUGGCAAGAAUAACUAUGAUUACGGCUUUGACACGUCACUGAAAAAAAACCUAGUCUUCUUUUACGGCUGCAUCUAGUCGUAUCACUCUUCAAUUACCGGCCAAUGACUCAAAAGCCGUUGCUAUGGCGUGUUUUCUGUAUACACUUUUCAACCUACGUCGCGCUAUUUACGCAUCUGCAUUUUGGACUUGCAGCUUGUACCACUAUUCGUCCAAUACCAAUUCGACAUGUGCAUUACA